CUCCAUAAGAUAAUUCGAAGAAAGUGAAGAAACAUACUGUUACUAUGGAUACGUCAAUGCUUAUUUAUAAUGAAAACGAGAUGUGAUCACUGCCCUUUCCUUGUUGCAGGAAAUAAAUUAGUGCAAAAAAAUUUUACCUAAAAUAUGCCUCAAGUUGCCUAAACUUUUACUGAUGAAGGAAGAUAUGUGUUAAAAUGUGGACAAUUGCAGCUGUUAAUAAGAAGUUUGAUGGGCCCUUAGGUUCGUAUAAUGGAUUAACUGACAUUCAUUUAGCACAUUAUUUUGCACGACCAAUCAGGCGUUCACAUCUACAAUUUGCUAAUUUGAUCACAUCUGAUGGUGUUAUUGUUCCUGAAAGAAGAGUUAAAGUUGAAAAUUUGCAGUAUGAAAAAAAGAAAAAAUUAUGUGAUAUAUUAGCAACUGCUGUGGUGCAAAAUGCUGUUCAUGAAGAAGGGAGCUGGAAUAAAAAGCUGUGCAAUUACUUGGAAAAUAUUUCAAAAAUGAACAAUGUUGAAAACAUUAAGAAAACAAAAAAGAAGUGUGCCAAAUUUGAUUCUGAGGGUUCUAACAAGAAAAGCUUAUCAAGUGAAUUUUUUCAUGAAUGUUCUUAUUUCAAACCAAAUCAACAAAAUAUUGAUGGAAAACCAAUUAAUUUUUGUCAUUCAGCACCAGCAGAUUUUUCUUAUAUACCGUAUGCUAGUAAAGCAGCAACUUCUAUGCAAAAGCGCUGCAUAUCUGCAACAGAGCAUUCUCCAUACAUUACACCUCUUUUUAUGAGCAAAUUCUUUAAGCAGACGAUUAAGCCUACACAUAAAAAAGCACAUGUAAGAAAAAGAAAGAAACGUAGAAGACACAUUCAUUCAGGAGAAACAUUGAAGACACCCGAUUUUGACUUAUCAAAAGAUACUUUUAAAAAGAGUGUUGUUUAUGAAAAACAAAUUGAUAUGAAGCAGUGUAAAAUUACGUUAUACUAUCAUGGACGUUCUCCAAUAAUUCACAGCUCUAAUCAUGUAAUGCAAGAUGUACUUAUAAAGCAGCAACAUCGCGGAGGAACUCCUGUUGUUGUUUACAAAGGAAAAAUUGUCAUUGAAGAUUCCUUGACAUUUGUUUCUUUGGAUCACCAAGGAUUUUCAUUCAGCAUAACUGUAUUUAUUGAUGGAAUUCGAGAUCUUAAGUUAAGCUCUUGCUGUGUGUUUCGUUAUCCAUCAGGAAAACGUUUAGGAGGUUCUAGUGGCAGCUUUUCAAUUCGGAAAAUUGAAGGUGGAACACCAUGCCUGAAGUGUCAAUAUAAUGCAGUUCAAACAAAAAGUACGCAGUCUAAACAUGAGAAUGACAUGCGUGAAAUUCUGUUAAAUGAUAACAACUCUAAGUCAUUUGAAAUUAUAGACGUAACUAAAAUUGACUGCCCUACUGUGCAACCUAACCAGUUACUCAGCAAUCAGAGCAACAAUGAAAUUUCAAAAACAUCAGCUGAAUCUAUUAGUAAUGCAGAGGAGGAUAUUGAAGAAAUAUCUGACAUUACUGACCAUGAUGAGGAUGGUGAUGAAAUUAGAAGUAGUAAAGCAGAAAAAAUUGCUGAGGAAGUUAAUUCGGCUGAAGAAUCAAAAAGUUCUGAAGUUUCCAGUUAUAAUUCCAGUUCAUCUAUUGCAAGCAUUAAGGAAACUCUUCAAACACCACCCAAAAUGAAAGCAAAUGAAGAUAUUUAUAUAAACACUGACAACUCUUCUGAAGAUGAUGGGGAGAAACAACAUUUAAUUGUAGCUUCUGUCCAUGCCUCACCAAUUCAUCAUUGAGUAUUGGUGCCAACCAAGUUUUCAGCAUAAAUGCAUUUACAAUAGUUGUUUCUGCAAACUUAAAAGAG